AGACUGGUUUAUACCAAACAGACGUCUGGCUGAAGUCGACAGAAUAAAAGAUAGACAUGAUGCCUCUCUACUUUUUAUUAUGUUUCUUUGUCUUCAGAGUAUCUGGGUCUAUGUGUGAGGACAGAAUUUCCUGUUCCAAUUCCCUGUACCAGUAUGAAAAUUGUCUGAAAACACACGAUACAGCAGUGGUAGACAGAGUUACUACUUUGGAAACGGAGGUGACAAAACUAGAAGAAGCUACCACCCCCCUGGUGUCGUUCUUUGCCGGUCUUAAAACCGAUGUCAAAGUGGCCACGGGACAUCUGACGUUCGACAGAGACUUGCUUAACGAGGGCCAUGCUUACAACUGCUCAACAGGUGUGUUUACCGCCCCCGUGCAUGGCGUCUACUCCUUUACUCUCACAAUAGGAAUGCCCACCCCAAACACAGCCACUGAUUACCUUCGACUGCAUAUAAUGAAGAACAAAGAAAUUGUGGGAUACUUGUUCAUCGAGUGGGAGGACAUGUGGCUGAAGAGGUCAGAGGCCACCCUAGUCGAGCUUCAUGAAGGAGACCAAGUUCAUAUCAUGAUCGACACUGCUCCUGCUGGAUUCACAACAAUAGCAGGAACCUCCUAUCAUUCUCACUUUGCAGGAUUCUUAAUUGGUAAGAGUUGUGGAUAAAAGACUCUAGAUUACUGACUCAGACACGAAACCUGGAUUAUGACAAUCGUAACGCUAUCAGUAUGCAAUCUGUCAAAACGAUUCAAUAACUCAUAUUAUCAUUUUAUUAUGAAACAAUCAUGAUAUUAAUUCGUUGUUUAUUCUUCCUUUCAAAAUUGACACUAAAUUGCACUCGAAAAUAAAACAACUUGCAGUCCUCGUUUUAAAA